GAUUAAAAACCAGAGAGGCAUUUCUCUGGCUUCCUUCUAUCAAUGCCUAUCAGGAUUGUGAGCAAUGUGGAGCUGCCAGGAAUUUAUUAACAGUUGAACUGAUUCAGUGUUGCCAUCGGAUUAUAUAUCGCAGUGGAAGCUAAGGUUGACAAGUGAAGAUGUCUGAAGAGGAGACCCGGAACCCAGAAACACCUCCCGCCGCGCAAGAUCCACUGUUCAGCGUGCACGAUAAAAAAGACUACACGGAGAAGCCUCGCACGUGCAAAGUAUGCCACUGCACGAGAAACCGGAUGAUCUGCAUCACUGUGGUGCUGGUGAUGUUGCUGCUCUACGGAAUUGGGCUAGCUAUUGGGCUUGCCGUGGGGCUUAGCCGGAAAAACAGCAAGGCGGUUCCCGAUGGGGUUGGAGAGCAGCAUAUACAAGUGCCUAUCGGCGCCGUCGUCUCGGACCACGAAGCUUGCUCUGACGUAGGCAGGGACAUUCUGGACCGCCAGGGAACAGCGGUCGACGCGGCUAUAGCCACCCUCAUAUGUAACGGCGUACGUACUCCGCAAAGCAUGGGCAUCGGUGGAGGUAUGUUUAUGGUGAUCUAUGAUCGGAACGCCCGGGACGCCUACACCGUGGACGGCCGGGAGGUGGCGCCCGGGGACAUCACAGAGGCCAUCUACCAAAACAUGACCAACCACAAUGUUAACGCCCGGCGGAUCGCGGUGCCGGGCGAACUGAAGGCAUACAAAUACGCACACGAGCAUUACGGUCGGCUGCCCUGGGCGGACCUGUUCGCGCCUACCAUUACCAUGCUCCGGGAGGGAUUUCCCCUGUCCCUCGACACCGGAACUGCCUUGCAGAUCGUUAUCAGUCGCCUGGAGCAACGUGGACAGACGCUACUGGAGUAUCCAUCGAUAUGCAACAUAUUCUGCUCGGACAGGGAGACGGGAGAGCCGCUAAAGGCGGGGGAUAUCCAUUACUGGCCCAACCUGGCAGACACCUUACAGGGCGUGGCAGAUCACGGCCCCGAUCACAUCUAUAAUAGCCCCCUCACUCGCACACUCGUCAAGGAAAUACAAGACGCAGACGGGGUACUUGACGUGAAGGACUUCAUCUUGAACUACAAUGUUGUAACGGACCCACCAGUGUACGUGGAGCUGGGAAAUCUUACCCUGUAUACCAUGCCUGGAGCGACGGGAGGGCCCCUAGUCGCUCUUGCUCUGAACAUCCUGAAACGUGGUUUUGCAUGGGAGGACGUGGAUCUCGAGUCAUCAGAAGAUGUUGGUUUAAUGUACCAUGCGAUUAUAGAGGCUCUUAAGUUCGCAGACGCAGAUAGUUUGAAGAUUGAAGAUCCACUGUUUAACCCAGACAUGACCAAGGUAAUAGGCAAAAUGACAUCCGAAGAAUAUGCUGACAUUUUGCGUACAAAAUUCACAGACAAAACCCAUGACUACAGUUAUUACGCGGACGCCAUGAGAAGUUACGAUGACCACGUUGGGACGUCUCACGUAUCGGUACUAAGUCCAUACGGUGACGCUGUUUCUGUAACUUCAACGGUUAAUUGGUACUUUGGAUCCAUGUUUGCAUCAAAUUCAACGGGCAUUAUUUGGAAUAAUGAAAUGGACGACUUUACAACACAAGGGGCGGACAGAAUAAACCGCAUUGAGCCGCUAAAGCGGCCCCGGUCGUCGAUGGCUCCCUGUAUAGUGGUGGACAAUGAGGGGAAGGUGAAAAUGGUUGUUGGAGCAGCGGGUGGUAGCAAGAUUGCUACAACAGUCGCACAAGUCUUAGUAAAAACUUUGUUGGUAGAUGUGCCUUUCAAUGAAGUCGGGGAUUCCAAACGGUUCCACCCGCUGGUUUUCGAGAACAGUAUUUCCAUCGAAAGGGAUUUCCCAAAGGACAUACUCGAUGAACUUCAUGGAAGAGGUCAUAAAACUACCGAGUUUACAGGAAACAAAUUCACGGUAUUGGAGGCAAUUUUCGUUAGUGAAGACGGAGAGAUGAAGGGUUAUGCGGACCCGCGUAAACCGUCUGGAAAAGCCAGUUAUGUGUUCAAAACUGUGACGUCGAUGACCAAAUCUUGAUGAAAAAACAUUACUAAGAGUUAAACGUUCAUGGUUUUCGUACCAUGUAGGAGGUUAAAAGGAGAUUAUAAUAAAAGUAUGCACUUCGAUAGUGACAAGUAACAUUUCAAUUGAAAGAACAAAACUAUUAGUCUAAUACGUGUGUGUACGUUGUGUUCAAAAGAAACGACGUACUUUGAGCAUCCUAUUACCAAUUCCAAAACUGAUUUGCGGAACGUUUCGUUGGUUUUGCCCCCAGGGCAAUACACUUUCUAAGAUAAUCUCUGAAUAGUAAACUAACUGUUUAAAAAUCGCGGUUGUUACUGACAAAUCGUAAACAGAGAUGUUGUUUUAUGGUAUGUGGAACAAUUAUACCGGCUUUUGUUUGUGUAUUGAAAGAAAUCCAUGUGUGACAAUGUUCAUGAAAUUUAUUUCAUUUCGCUUUAGGCAGAAUAGUUUUUGGGACAACAAUAGGUUCGCGAGGCUAAAUAGUUUUUGGGACAACAAUAGGUUUGCGAAAAGUUAUCCGAAGUGUAUGACUCUGUAUAUGGUACACGCUCAAUAUCUUGUUGGCGACAACGUUGUCAAAAUAUGUAAAAAAAAAAGUGUACACUCAAACUUCAAGAUAUUAUUCAAUUUAUUUCCAUCACAUAAAUACGUGCAGUUUUAAAGGAAAAAAGCAAUGCAUAUCAGAGAACAAGAAAGCAUAAUAAAUAUACAUACAAUGUCUACUAUUAAACACGCAUUGUAACGAUUUUAAAUAUAUAAAUGCAGCAAUUCCACAACAUUUUUAAAGCAAGCGUCCUUUCUUAAUAACAGCUACUGUUCAAAUAUUGUCAGUUACGGUAUUCUGACGUCAUCGCGAUGACAACAAGAAGAAUAAUACAACUACACUACAUGAACACAAAUAAACACAUCAAAGAAAACGUGUCCACUGCCAUGCUGACACCUUUCCAAGUAAUUCUUGGUACUUCGCUGUUAGAGUUAUCUUUUGAAAAUUCUUGAACAUUUCCAGUGUUCUGCGUUUGAAUCUUGAUGUUGACCAAUCCAGUUUCUUCUGUAUUA